UUUUUUUAUUAAUUAAUUAAUAAUAUUCAUAAAGUUUAGUAAUUAAUAAUCACACAAUAAUAUGAAAAGAAGUCAAUCAAGUGAUUAGUCAGAAGGACAUUUUGCACAUUUUACAAAUUAAAGAAGAUUUUAAAAUGGUGUUAGUAACAUUAGUCAUAUGAUGUAAAACCAUGUAGCUUCUUAAGCUUAUGACCCCUUUAAGUGCCCUCCAGAUUUGAAUGAAGCUAAACUACAUGGGUAGGCAAGAAGAGUUUGUAGGCCUACAAAAUAUAUGAAAGAUGGUAAAAAAACAGAUCGUUUGGAAAAUUUGAGUUAAAUUAGCAUUGCAGAUAUUGAUGAAGAUAAUUAGAAGCAAUAAAAAGUAAUUAGCGGUGUAGAAGGAGAUUAAAAAUGUGAAUAAGCAUAAAAUAAUUUAAUUUCUAAUAAAGAAGAUAGAUUAAAUUCAAAUAAUGUUGAAAGAACAAUUAAAGUUUUUUCAUAAUAAAAUGAUAAUAGCAUUGACUUGAUAAGAAAUUAAUCAGAAGAAAAUAAAAAAGUCUUACUUGAUUAGCAAGAUUAAAAAUAAGGAGAAAAAUGUCCAUGCUGUGGAUUUUUGAUUGAAAAUGAAUAAAUACCAAUAGAUUGUAAUACGAUUGAUUUUUUGCACUUAGGAAUUACUUAUCCAUUGUACUUUGAUUUUAUAAAGUAAUGUGCACUUUUACUGACAAUUCAUUUCUUCGUUUCUAGUAUUCCAAGUAUAGUGAUAAAUGUAAAUUCAAAUCAAUGCAAAGAGUAUAAUGAUAGUUCGUUUAUUUGUAUGCUUUCUUUUCUCAACAUACUUUAAGGUUAAAAUUUUUACAAAAUACAGAAAUUAAAUGUUGAAAAUAUUUGUAACCAAGUAUUUUUAAUUGUCUCUAUGAUUAUGAUUUCUAUAUUCAAAAUUUAAUAAAAGAUUAAGAAAUAAAAAUUAGAAACUUUUCAUUGCUCUAUUAGUGAUUUUUCUGUAUUUAUUACACAUUUACCUAAAACUUUUGAUAUGAAAGAUUUUGAGACUUUUCUCUUUGAUAAAGUUUCCAAAAAGUUUUAAGAUUUCACAGAUGAAAGUUAGCUUAACAUAAUUAAAUCUUACAAACUCUAUGAUCUCAGAGAGUAUGCUCAAUUGUAUGAAAGCAAAGUUAAGUAUAACAAAAAAAGAAUUAAACUUAAUAAAAAAUUAGUAUAGUUAAGAGCUGAGAUGAAAAAGUGUGAGCCUAAAUUAAGUAGCGAUUCAAUUGAUCCUUUUGAUCAAAAUUAAUUAGUUUAGCAUUUAAGGAAAGAUGAUGAAGAAGGUUUGCCAAUCGAAAGCUGUAACAGAGAAAUUUCUCAGAGUAACAACAGCUAAAAUUCAAAUUAAGAACUAAAAAUAAGAAAUACUAUACAAUAGUACUAGUAAUUCAAAGAAUAAGUAGCAACAAUUAACUAAUAAAUUGAAUAAAUAGAAAGUGAUAUAAAAUAAACAGACUAAAAGCUUAAAGAAUUUUAAGAAUUGCUUACAGGCUACGAUGAAGAAUCAGAAACAAAUGAAAAGAAGUUAACAUUUUCUUAGAGAGCAAUUAUUACUUUCAAUAGUUUUAAAACUGCUAAGUGUGUAAGAAAUGCCUUUAAAUUAACUUACAAGGAGAAAUUCUUUAGAUACUUCAGAGUUAUUUUUCCUAAAAAAUCUAGAUAAAUACUUAAUGACUAUUACUUCAACAAUUGCUUUAUCAAAGUAAGAAAAGCUCCUGAACCAACAGAUAUUCUAUGGACGAAUAUAGGAUCAACUCGUAAGAAAUGGAAAUAUAUCAUUUUGUCCUAUAUUAUGACUUACUUUUUGAUUCUGAUAUCUUUUCUUGUACUCCUUUUUUUAAAGAAAGCAAUUAAAAGAGAGUAAUCAGUUCAACCUCAACUUAUUUCUUUGCUUUUAUCAUUUACAUCCUCCACAGUUGUUGCUCUUUUCAACUCAUUAUUAGGUAUUGUUAUCAGAAAAGGUGUAAGUUAUGAGGAGCAUAACGUUCAAACAAAAUACUUUGUUAGUGUUGGAAAAAAAUUAACUAAAAUGUUUAUUGUAAAUAUGGUUAUUAGCACACUGAUGUCUAAUAUGGUAAACUAUUUUAUAAGUACUGCAAAAGAAUUCCCAUUUGAUGCACAAGGCUUGAUGGGUGAUUUCUUUUUCCUUUUUAUUACUAAUUCAUAUAUUGGGUCUAUAUUCAAUGUGUUUGAUAUUGUUUGGGGAUAUAGACUUAUCAUGAGAUAUAGAGCAGAAAAGGAUUCCUCUACGAUGACUCAAAUGGAAGCUAAUAGUUUGUUUGAAGGACAUCCAAUUGACAUGGCUUUAAGAUAUGCAAAUGUAAAUAAGACUGUGCUAUUUACUGCUUCGGUUUCUCCUUUUAUUCCUAUAGGUGUCCCUCUCUCAAUAAUAGGUUUGGUUGUAACCUUUUGGGUAGACAAAUAUCUUCUACUCAGGAGAUAUGUUUGCAAAAAUUAUUUGACAUACGAUUUGGCUAAAUAUAUGCUAAAUAGCUUUAAAAUAUACUCUGUCUAUUUUGCUUUUGGUAAUAUGCUUACAAUGUUUAUGCCUGUAAGUAAAUUUGAAACUUCCUAAAGUAAUAUACAGCACUUUGAUUGGCCCUCUCCAUAAAAAUCUGUGUUCUUUUAUACCUCAAUUUUAGGCUUUUUAAUAGCUUUAGUAUUUAGGUAUUUCCCUUUAAAAGGAUUGGCGGACUUAUACAAUCGUAUGUUUUCUGAAAAAUACAGAAAAAGGUAAAUUAAGACAGACUACAAAGACAUAAAGAAUGAGCUUCUUGAUGACUAUGACUAUUAUCAUCCUAUAUUUAAAGAUAAUUCAGAGGAGAGUGAUAAAGAAUAAAUACAAAAUCUCAAGCACAAAGAAUCUUAUCAUAGCAGAAGUUCUGUUAAUAAAAUAAAGACCAGCAAUGCUUCAGAAUUCAACCAAAUGUUUAAAUCAAUUUAAAAUCAAAUUGAUUAGCACCAUGCGACUAAGUGAAAUAUAUUUUUAUUAUAAUAAUCAUAACAAAUUUAAAAAUAAAAAUGUUUUAUAUAAUUUGUAUUAAAAUAUAAAAUUACAAAAGAAGAAUAUAAUGGUUU